GUGGUGAGGUAGCUCAUGAAAUUGAAGAUGACAAACCCAGGAAAAGCCAAAAAGACGAUGAAGAGCAAAUUGCCAAGUACAGAGACCUUUUGAAAAGUAUCCAAGAAAAAGAGAAAAAACAGGAAGAAAAGGAUAUAGGAAUGGAGAUUAAAUGGGUUCCAGGCCUCAAAGAAACUGCUGAAGAAAUGGUCAAAAACAGGUUGGAAGGAAAGGAUAACCUAACUCCAUGGCAAAAGUAUCUAGAGAAGAAGAAAGAAAAAAGAAUUCUUAAAAAAAAGAGAAAGGCUACUGCUGAGAGAGAACAGAGUGAAGAUGAACUUCCAUCUGAUGUUGAUCUCAAUGACCCGUAUUUUGCUGAAGAACUUGAGAAAACAGGUUUAAAGAAGAAACCAGAAUCAGUUGAAAGUACCUCAGAAGAUGAAGAUGAAGUUGAAAAACAGAAGGCUGAAAUGGCCCUACUUAUGAUGGAUGAUGAGGAUGAUAGCAGAAAACAUUUUAAUUAUACAAAGAUUGUAGAACAACAGAAUUUGAGCAAGAAGAAAAAGAAACUUUUAAUGAAAAAGAAAGAAUUACUAGAAGAUGACUUCCAGGUAAAUGUUGCCGAUACAAGAUUCCAAGCCAUGUUUACUUCUCCCCUGUUUAAUUUGGAUCCUUCAGAUCCAAAUUUCAAGAAGACAAAAGCAGUAGAAAAGAUCAUGGAAGAGAAAGCUCGCCGAAGAGAAGAAAAGGAGCAAGAUCUUAAGGACGCAAGCAUGGGGCAGGAGAACAAGAAAGGAGAGGUUGCUAAGAAAGCUAUAGAUCCUGCCUUAUCAAUGCUAAUAAAAUCUGUCAAAAAUAAAACUGAAGAAUUUCAGGCAAGGAAAAAGCAGAAAUUCAAAUAACUGAACUU